AUGACAUUUGAGAUGGAGGAUGUUUUAGCUGUUCUUGCCAAGCACAGGAGAUCAUUUGGUUUCCAGGACAAAAACAUUUUUAUUUCAGAAGACAGUCCCUCGCAGCUCCCGGCCCCGGUCCCCGCCGCUCGCAGUCCUCCGAGCCCCCAGGGGGCGCACGAAGGGCUGCGGCGCUCUAGCAGGCGGGUCGGAAGGCGGCUUCCCGUGGCGCGGCCAUGGAGCCCAGCGGUUCGCGCCGCCACAGGUAGUGCCUGGCGGGGCAGGGGGGUCCCGGCGGCUGCUCGCGGCACGGGGGCUUGUGCCCGGGCCGGGAGGCUGCUGAGUGGGUGCCGGGGUCCUCUCCCCUCACGGUGCCUCCUCCUUUCGCCCCGCAGCGCGGCGGAGCGGCGGGCGGCGCGCAAGGCCCUGCAGCGGCCUCAUGGCCCGAAGGAUUUCUUCCCCGACGGCUCGGCCGAGCAGGCGGAGAAGCUGCGGCUGUGCCAGGAGGAGCAGUGGGAGAUCCUCUCCGAGGAGCGGGUGGAGCGGCUGGGGAAUCUGGUCAAAGCUGAGUGGAAGCCAGGACAAGGCAUCGUAGAGCUGCAGUCCCCUGCGGGGAAGUUCUGGCACACCAUGGGGUUCUCCAAACAUGGCAAACAGUGCCUGCUGCCUGAGGAAGCUCUGUACCUGCUGGAGUGUGGCUCUGUUCAACUCUUUUACAGGGAUCUGCCCUUGUCAAUCCAGGAAGCCUAUGAGAUCCUGCUGUCCCAGGAGGCAGUGAGCCUGCCACAUUACCAGGUGUUCAGCCACUUGAAGCAACUGGGUUAUAUUGUACUGAGAUUCGACCCCAGCACUCUCCCAUCUCCCUAUGAGAGGCAACUGAACCUGGAAAGCCACUGCCAGAGCUCUGGGAAACACCAUUGCAAGAGGAAGGGGAGUUCCAGCCCUGGGUCAUGUGAGAAGAAACUCAAGAGAUCUGAGGACCUUCCAGAAGCUGAAGGGGCCUCUGAAAAAGCUGGAGAUGACUGUGGAGGCUCCAACUGCCUUCCCAUGGAUGAAAAGUCCUUGUCAGAGCAGUCAAAGGACUCAGAUGCUGGCAGUGGAGGCGGGGAGUCAAACCCUGUUCCUCUUGAUACAGGACAGAAGGACUCCCUGAGCCACUCCAGGAGCCGAGCCGGAGAUGACCAAAGAGGCAGCCCCGGUACCCGCGCACCCCGUUGGGAUUUUACCACCAUCAUCUUGCCAAAUGUGGCCUCAGACCACCCGUGCACGCGUCUGCCCUUACCCGAGAGGGGGCUGCUGCCAGAGAACGUGCCCGGCAGGGAGGUGGAUGCGGCGGGCUGGCGCGCGCGCGUCAACCAGAAGCAGGAGCGGCUGUCGCGGAGGGAGAGGGAGCAGCGCGACAGGGAGAGCAGGUACAAGAGCAGCGUCAAUGCUGACCGGGAGGUGAGGCGCUGCUCCAACUGGCAGGAGUACAAAGCCCUGCUGCAGAAGAGGAGCCAGCAGAGGCUUUGGAGGCGGCCGCCGCAUCUCUGGGACCAGGCUGUCACACCGCUCCUGCGGCCGGACGAAGCUACCUCGACAGCUGCGCUCCUCCAGCAGAUCAGCGUGCUGCAGCCCUCCCACAUCCUGGAUGGAGCCUCCCGGCUGCAGGAGGACCCAGAGGCCAUGAAGAUAGAUUUCAAUGUGUAUCCAGCAGAUGCUGUGGCCAAGUUUAAGAAGACAAACCCUGGGAAGCCAUGUGUCAGGAUGUGUGUUAGGAGCUUUGACGAGCAGAUCCCAUCCCUUCGGGCUCUGAAGCAGGUUACCUAUCAGAGUGGGGACGUCCCGGUGGUCUUUGCUCUGGUGGAUCAUGGAGACAUUGCCUUUUACUCACUGAAGGAAUUCAAGCUGCCAGUUGAUGUUAAUCACUGAAGUUGCUGUCACUUGCAGAAAUGGUGUGGGAUGAAGGGAAGGAUUUGUUUUCUUGAUUAAAGCAAUACCAGAGAAACUAGAGCCUCUGAUAAGUGGAACCUUGAGUAGCUGACUACUUUAUGAGCUGUUAUGGACUUCACCCAGCCAGGUGGCUCAGGGAAAAUACCAAAAUUCACAGCAGUUAAGUGAUAGGACUUAGCUGGGCAUUUCUGGACUGGAGUACACUGCUUUGUUCUUGAAGCCACUGGUUCUUUGCUUUCUCAUCUUGUGGACCACUAGUCUGCCUCUUCUGAGUCAUUUUUGGCUGACUUGUGUUUCUAAUAGUCCACUGGUGAUCUUUUUGUCACAUGUUAAGAACCACUGUGCUACACCAGUUGAAUGGUUGGAGAGUCAUUGAGGUCAAUCAGGGACAGAAUAAGCUGAUCAGAUCAGUGGUGGUGUCCUGAGCUCUGGUCAUUCAGCUACGUCAACA